UUGUGCUACCCUGACAUCCUAGAAACAUCACAUUCCAGGACAUUUUUUUAGUAUUUCAGCAACUUUAAAACUUGAUAUUUACAAACUUUAUUUUAACAAAUAAAAAGUGUAUUAUGUAUAUAAUAAUGAUGAUAACAUAAUGUAAUCACCCUUUUAAUGGUCUUCUUGGUCAGUUUAUUUAGACAGUUGCAUUUGAGGGGGUAUAGAAAAACUUCCAAGAGUCAUAAUUGAAUACAUUAUUUUAAACAGGAAUUAUGCACUCGGAUACAAACAUAUGUUUCCCGCGUCACAUUAAAGAGAUGAAUUCCAUCAGCACCACCUGGCUUGGUCCUGCUUUAUGCUAAUUAAAAACAUUUAUUGUGAAACUGUAAUUACCAGGUAAAGCACAUACCGCCCUGUUUUUCAGCUAUGAUUUGUUUAUUGUAAUAAGUUUUACGCUAUAAAUAAGCACAGGGGCUAAAUAUCAUGCAGUGCUGUGCACGCGCUCGUCAGUACUGCGGCUCGUGCUGCCGUCCCACCAAUGAGGAGCAAGGAGGAGAAACUUAGCGCAUCAGUUAAGCUGUCAGUUAAAGAAAACAAGGUGGUGUCAGGAUAGAGAUGAGUGAUUUAGAAGGGUUCAGCAUCGAGGACAUGAUUAAUGUCAAACCGCUGAGAGGAGGUGGAGAACUGCAGGAGCCAAAGGUUGAACAGCUGAUCGGAAAACUCGGGAGGCUUAAACAGGGUAAAAGAGCCCUGGAAGAAGAAAUUGUCAAGAUAAAGUCAGUCAGUGACUCACUGGAGAAGGAGCUGGAAAACUUACAAACUAAAGUCUUCCAACUGGAGGCAAUCCACAAAGAAAAGGAAGAGGUGUGCAAUAAGCUCCAGUUUCAGUGUGAAGAGUCUGAGCAGGACGCUGCCAGACAGUUACAACUGAAUAAGAAAAGUGAGCAGCUCCUGGAGCAGUAUAGAUAUGAAAUCCAGGAUCUCAAGCUUAAACACCGGAAACUGCGGAUGAGAUUUGAAAACCAGCUUCAUCAACUGAUAGACCAGCACAAGAAUCUGCACUAUGUCUUUACUCCAGAGAGACUCCCAGAUGAAUUAAAGAGUGUUGAGAAUACAAAGAGCCAGCUGUUGGCAGCUGAAAAGCUAAAGCUCACUCAGCUGCACAACCUCGAUGAGGAGCUGGAAGAGAUGAAGAACCAGAAGCAGGCUCAGGCAGCAGCUGCAGAGACUCAGGAGGAAUAAAUUUGCUCUGAUUUAAAGAAUCAGAGGUAUAUGUUGUGAUUACACAUCUGUCUUGUCAGCUUCAUCAGCCUGAAUCCUGCAGAAUCCUGCAAACUAAGUGGUUAUUUAUACCCCUGACAUCCAGCUGAGAUAUCGGACCACAGAGAAUUCUGGGUAUUACUGAUGUUUUUUCUAUCAUAUGUUCUGUACGGAUAAAUUCUGGAUGAGCUCUUAGUGUUUUUCCACAUAGAGACAUGCUAUAUGCUGUCAUCUGUUUGAUACUAGGCUAUUUAUUGUGUUCAUAUAUUUAAAAACUAUAAAGCCUGUUUGAAUUGUUGUAACAUUGUUUUCAUCACUCUGAAAUCCUAGAAGUAGCACAACCCUUCCCUGCAGUUUACAUGCACAACUGUUGUGUACAUAUAUCUCUCUAUAUAUAUGUUCAUGUUUAUGCACAGAGACACAGUCGCUCUCAGUUUUAAAAGAGAUUUAAUGCAAGAGUUUGUUGCAGUAUUUCAAACAAAAUGUAAUACUAUCUGAGGUUUAAAAAAGAACACAUUAAACCUGUGCAACAGUGACUUCCCCGAAUUAAUGCCAAUUGCUUUUUCCUUUUACUUCUUUUUUCUAUUUUACAGACAAACCACAUUCUCACAUUUCAAUUAAAAUAAUCCAAAAUAAACACAAGGCACGUUCAGAGCGCAGUGAGGGUGAUCACAAUCUAGUUCAUCACUUAAAAUAUAAACAAUCCCCCUUUUUUUUAACAUAAACAUUUACAGCAUAAUCCUGUGUAGAAAACAAGUGUCACCCCACCCUCACCCAGAAGUGUCUUUACAGCCAUACAACAUAUAGUUUAAUCUUUUUUGACGUACUCAGCAAAAACACAGUGAACCGUAAGUGGUUUGAUGCCCUGUCGAGCUAUCAGGCAGCACGGGGCCAGUAAGUCUUUGGUUUUAUAGUUUGUGCCGACCAACAAAUGAGUUAGGAAUCCUGUGCUGGGCGUUGGUCUCAGGAGUUAAAUGAGUUAUGUAAGGAGGCAUGGCGCUGCUCCAGUACUGCGUAAUAUACCUGUUCUUUCUUGUAUACCUUCUUGUAGAGGUAAUACGUGAUUUAAAAUUUUAAGAAGGAAAACGGAGGUCAGUUUUUUAUUUUAUUAUUUACACUGAUUCAGGUCAACUGGAAAUCUUGCAUAUUUAUUUACGCUACAUGAGGCGAACACUAGUACACAUAAACACCACUCCUCUUUCCAUGGAAGCGUCUAGGUCUCCUAGGAAUUGUUAUUUAUUUAGUUUCAACCCUGAGAAGUGGGUGUAUGACUUGUUAGAAAGAAGUCGAGUGUGUUAAGUUCACCACAGCCGCUACCAUCCAUCCAAACUGUAGUGCCCCAACAUUUUAACCUUCUGAUUCAGUUUUUUCCUCCCACACUUUUCACACUCUAUAAAGUCUCACUGACUCUACCCUCUGAUCUCACUCUUCUCUACCCUUUACUCUUCAUCAGCUGUCUUUUUAUUCCUAUGUUUUGGUUAUUUGUCCGGGUUAAUAAUAAUAACAAUAAUAAUAAUGAUAAUAAUGACCCCCCACCAGAACUUUGGCAAAACCCUCGAUGGGCCACUGGCACAUGGUGAAUCCACAAAGACACUUUCUCCCAUUCAGUUUCAAGCAAGCUCCAGCUACAAAGUGGCCUGCACACAACACUGGUACUACACAUGUGCCGUGUUUUGUGACUGGCACAUUAUAUGGUUUUGCUUCUCAGAUGCAACGUUUCCCUUUUCGUCUUUUAGUCCUGUUCACAAAA